UCAGAAUAACGAAAAAAUGGCGAACAGGUUCAAUCUGCUUCCCAAACUCCCCACAAACAAGCGCUCUUCUUCUUCUUCUUCUUCUCCUCUCUCACUCUCCAAAUCCCUCUCUUCUCACUCCAUACCCAUCAAGCUCGACCAUGUUGAACCCAUUUCAAACCCAUCCCAAAACAACAACAAACCCACCAAUCUUCAAGACCAAGACCGCCAAGAACAAGUCCGAAAGCUUCGAAUUCUCCUCCAACAGGGUCGCUCCGAAACCGCCCAACGGCUUAUCAAGUCCCUCAUUCUCUCCAAUUCUCCUUUCUCUUCUCCCUCCGAACUCUUCUCUCUCUUCUCUCUCUCUUCCCCUUCCUUAAAAUCCACUUUCUCCAACAUGUUGCUUUCAGUCUGUGCUGACUCGAACAAACCCAGUGAGGCCACAGAGUUGUACAUGUUAAUCAAGAAAGAUGGUGUGUUUCCUUCUUUGUCUUCCUUCAAUCUUUUCCUUGAAUCUCUGGUCUGUUCGGGUCAGUAUAGCAAGACCCUUGAUUUGUUUUCGGAAGUAAUUGAUUCUGGGAUUCGGGUUGAUAGAUUUACUUAUGGUAAGGCGGUACAAUCGGCGGUGAAGUUGGGGGACUUGAAGAGGGCUAUGGGUAUGUUGAAUUGUAUGAAAAGAUGUGGGUUGAGUCCUAAUGGGUUUGUUUAUAAUGUGUUGAUUGGUGGGUUGUGUAAAGAGAAGAGAAUUGAGGAUGCAAAGAAGCUGUUUGAUGAAAUGACUAAGAGGAGAGUGGUUGCGAAUCGUGUUACGUUUAAUACGCUUAUUGAUGGGUAUUGUAAGGUGGGGAAUUUGGAGGAGGCGUUUAAUGUUCGCGAAAGAAUGAAGGCGGAGAAUGUGGAGCCAAAUCUUGUUACUUUUAAUUCAUUGCUUAGUGGGUUGUGUCGGGCUCGGAAGAUGGAGGAAGCAAAGAAGGUGUUGGAGGAGAUGGAAGCUUGUGGGUUUGUGCCUGAUGGAUUCACUUAUAGUAUACUUUUUGAUGGGCAUUUGAGGUGUGGUAAUGUGGAUGCUUCGUUGGCUUUAUAUGAAGAAGUGGAAAAGCAAGGUGUGAAGAUCAAUGAUUAUACUUGCAGCAUUUUGUUGAAUGGGUUGUGCAAGGAUGGAAAAGUGGAUAAAGCUGAGGAGGUUUUGAGGAAGUUGAUUGAAAAUGGGCUUGUUCCAACAGAGGUGAUAUAUAACACGAUUUUGAAUGGGUAUUGUCGCACUGGUGAAAUGGGGAAAGCCGUUUCAACCCUUGAACAAAUGGAAAUUCGUGGGUUGAAGCCAAGCUGCAUCACAUUCAAUUCACUGAUCAACAAGUUUUGUGAAUUGGGCGAUAUGGAUGAGGCUAUGGAAUGGGUUAAGAAGAUGGCGGAGAAAGGAGCUCUCCCAAAUUUGCAGACAUACAACAUCCUAAUUGAUGGGUAUGGAAAGAGUUGCCAAUUUGAUAGGUGUUUCCAGAUUCUUGAGGAAAUGGAAAAUAAUGGGUUAAAGCCCAACGUUGUAAGCUAUGGUUCGUUGGUAAAUUGUUUAUGCAAGGAUGGUAGGCUUCUAGAAGCUGAAAUUAUCCUUAGGGAUAUGAUCAGCAGAGAGGUUUUACCGAAUGCACAGAUAUAUAAUAUGCUCAUCGAUGGUCAUUGCACGGCAGGGAAGUUGAAAGCUGCUUUCAGAUUUUUUGAUGAAAUGUUAAAAUAUGAGAUCGUUCCAACAGUUGUAACAUACAAUUCACUCAUUCAUGGUCUCUGCAAGAAGGGUAGGGUAGUGGAAGCUGAAGAAUUGGCACUUCAGAUUGCAAGCAAAGGUUUAAAACCUGAUGUUAUCACUUAUAAUUCCCUGAUCUCAGGUUAUUCUGACACAGGGAACACCGAGAGGGCUACAGAGUUAUAUGAGAAUAUGAAGAAGGAUGGCAUUAAACCUACCUUAAAUACAUUUCAUCCUCUAAUUAGUGUAUGCAGCAAGGGUGGGCUGGUGCUCCUAGAGAAAAUGGUCCAAGAAAUGUCACAGAUGAACUUGACUCCUGAUCGACUUGUAUAUAAUGAACGUAUUCAUUGUUAUGCAGAGCACGGAGAUGUUGAAAAGGCUUUUUCUUUGCACCAUGAGAUGGUUGAUCAUGGAAUUCAGCCUGACAAGAUGACCUACAAUAGCUUGAUUACGGCUCGUUUCAAAGAGGGAAAGGUGGGGAAAGUAAAGGAUCUUGUUGAUGAUAUGAAGGCUAGAGGAUUGGUCCCUAAAGCUGAUACUUAUAGCAUACUGAUUAAGGGACAUUGCCAUCUGAAAGAUUUCAGUGGAGCAUAUGUUUGGUAUAGAGACAUGCUUGAGAAUGGUUUCCUGCCCGACAUCAGUAGCUGUAAUGAGCUUGUAUCUGGCCUUAGAAAGCAAGGGAGGUUGCAAGAGGCCCAGGUUAUCUGCUCAGACAUGAGCGUUAAAGGAAUAGACGACUUGUUCUCAAAUGAGGAUCUGUCUGCUGUGGCCAAAAUGUAGUGGGGUUGGUAAGGUCCAGCCUGCGGCAUUAAGGAAUGCAUAGGUUGCAAGAGGCCCAGAUUGUAAGCAGAAGCCUCUUCUAGCUGCAUUAGGAGAAUGGAGAAGAUGGGGAUUAUUCAAUUUUACCUCGAUUGGCUUGUUAAUCCCAAAAUCAUGCCUAUCUGAUGGCUGUUUCACUCAGUAUACAGGUCCAUGGGGUAUUUGGAAUUUUCUGAACCAUCAAAUGCCUUGGCGAAAGCAGAGAAUGUCGGAUUAAUGUAUGUACUUCUCGUAUGGAUUUUCUCCAAAUUAGUGCUGCAAUUUGUGAAACACUUUUUGUGUUUGUGGUUGUGGAAGACCUGACACAUGAUUGAAAGUUCAGUUCUUUCGUUCUGCCAAUUCAACAAUGAAUAUAUAUAUAUAUAUAUAUACAUGUAAUCUCACAUUCUUUUUGCAUCAAUUAAACAAUUUUAAUGUACUUUUCAUCUCUCAUUCUUUUUGGCAUCGUGAAUCAAGUUAUUAAACACCUCCAGUUCAUCGAACUGCAGAGAUAUGAUUCGUGCUUUAUUUUUGGCCAAUUACUCUUGGUUUCUCCUCGUAGCCUACAAAACAUGACAGGUACUUUGGUUAUGUCAUUCUGAUCUUCAAGUGUUAAGAUAUCCAGUUCUAUAUAUAUGCAAUAUAGAAUUGAUAUUGAUGUUGGCCAAACUCUAUGCAGCAAUUGUACAAGUCUUUGUAUAAGAAGUCCUACAAAUUGAAUUUUUGUUUUUU